GUAGCGGCCGCGUCUCAAUCCGAGCUGCGCGUUUCCCCCGAGUCUAUGGGCGCAAACCCGGAGGAAGCAGCAGCAGCAGCAGUAGCAGCGAGCGAAAGCAGGAGCGCAGACGGAGAAGCGAGGGAGGAACAAACCCACACGGUCACCUCGACUCGGGCCUGAGACAUGCUGUAAUUCCCGCGGAGAGAGGGGGAGAGGGAGAGAGAGAAAUAAAGGAAAGACGCGAUUUUCGGCGGCGGCUCCGGAGAUGUGCAGCAGGACUGAGAUUGCGCCGAGACUCCGCCGCGUCUGUCCGUCUUCCCUGCGCGCUUUUCUACACGCCAUACUUCUGUGCGUUCUGCUUCUUUGAAAUGUUACACCGCGCGGCCUACAUUCAACACCACAGUGUCCCAUUCAGGAGGAGGUGCAGGAGCCACUAAAUUGUUCUGAAAGGGGAAAAGGAGAACAAACGGGGGAAGUGGCCAUGGCUGCAGCUGCCUCCUUCUUCUCCAACGGGCCCGGGCCGUGGACGCCGAGCGACACGGAGAUGAACAGCGUCUACCGAGACCUGGAGCUCGGAACCGUGCUCACGCUGUUCUACUCGAAGAAAUCUCAGAGGCCCGAGAGGAGGACGUUUCAGGUGAAGCUGGAGACGAGGCAGAUCAUAUGGACUAGAGGCACGGACAAAAUCGAAGGAGAAAUUGAUAUUCGGGAGAUUAAGGAGAUCCGGACGGGACAGAAGUCUCGGGAUUUCGAGCGUUAUGUGGAGGACUCGGCCGUCAGACCUGACCAGGCACACUGCUUCGUCAUUCUCUAUGGCACCGAGUUCCGCCUCAAAUCCCUCAGUCUGGCAGCCACGUCAGACGAGGAGAUGUCCAUGUGGGUGAAGGGUCUGAACUGGCUGGUGGCCGACACCCUGCGCUCCCCCACUCCUCUGCAGAUAGAACGGUGGUUAAGGAAGCAGUUUUAUGCUGUCGAUCGCAACAAAGAAGACAAAAUUUCGUGUAAGGAUCUGAAAAACAUGCUGAGCCAAGUCAACUACCGAGUCCCUAACAUGAAGUUUCUACGAGAGAGGCUUCCGGAUGGCGAGCUGAGGAGUGGCGACGUCUCGUAUAGUCAGUUUGCGCAGCUGUAUCGUAGCUUAAUGUUUGACGCACAGAAAUCUAUGGAUAUUCCCUUUCUUCAAAGCUUUAUCGAGAGACCCGAGCAGAGGAUCACACUGGAGGAUUUCCAGCACUUUCUAAUCGACUGUCAGAAGGAGCUCUGGGCUACAGACAAUAACAAGGUUCAGGAAUUUAUGUUUCAUUACCUGAAGGAUCCGCUGAGGGAGAUCGAGCAGCCUUACUUUUAUCAGGAUGAGUUCCUCACGUACCUGUUCUCCAAGGAGAACUCCAUCUGGGAUUCCACACUGGACCACGUGCAUCCUGAGGACAUGAACAACCCUCUGUCGCACUACUGGAUUUCCUCCUCACAUAACACCUACCUGACGGGAGACCAGUUUUCCAGCGAGUCAUCUCUGGAGGCGUACGCCCGCUGCCUGAGGAUGGGCUGCAGAUGCAUCGAGUUGGACUGCUGGGACGGUCCUGAUGGGAUGCCGGUCAUCUAUCAUGGCCACACGCUCACCACCAAGAUCAAGUUCUGUGACGUUCUCAUGACCAUCAAAGAGCACGCCUUCGUCACGUCCGAAUUUCCCAUAAUCCUCUCCAUCGAGGACCACUGCAGCAUCGUGCAGCAGAGGAACAUGGCGAUGUUCUUUAAGAAGGUCUUCGGGGAGAUGCUCCUGACGAAAGCAGUGGACAUCUCUGCAGACGGACUUCCGUCACCCAAUCAGCUCAAGAGGAAGAUUCUGAUCAAGCACAAGAAGUUGGCAGAAGGAAGCGCGUAUGAGGAGGUUUCCACGUCCACGCCGUACUCGGAAAACGACAUCAGCAACUCCAUCCGGAACGGCAUCUUGUUCCUGGAGGACCCCAUCAACCACGAGUGGUACCCGCACUUCUUCGUCCUGACGAGCAGUAAGAUCUACUACUCGGAGGAAACCAGCAGUAUCCAAGGCAACGAGGAUGAGGAGGAACACCGCGAGGUCGGGAAUGGCAUGGAUCAGCACGUCAGCGAGAAGUGGUUCCACGGGAAGCUGGGCGCGGGCCGGGAUGGCCGUCAGAUCGCCGAGCGCCUCCUCUCGGAGUACUGCCUGGAGACCGGCGCUCCGGACGGGUCGUUCCUGGUGCGGGAGAGCGAGACGUUUGUGGGAGACUACACUUUAUCUUUCUGGCGUUCAGGUCGGGUUCAGCACUGUAGGAUUCACUCUCGGCAGGAAGCCGGCAGUCCCAAAUUCUACCUGACGGACAACCUGGUGUUCGACACGCUCUUCGCCCUCAUCACACACUACCAGCAGGUGGCGCUGCGCUGCAACGAGUUCGAGAUGAAGCUGACGGAGCCCGUGCCUCAGACCAACGCCCACGAGAGCAAAGAGUGGUAUCACGCGUGUCUGACCCGGAGCCAGGCGGAGAACAUGCUGAUGAGGGUGCCGCGUGAUGGAGCCUUCCUCGUGAGGAAGAGGACGGAGUUAAAUUCCUACGCCAUCUCCUUCCGAGCCGAGGGGAAGAUUAAACACUGUCGGGUGCAGCAGGAGGGACAGACGGUUGUUCUCGGGACGUCAGAGUUUGACAGUUUGGUGGAUUUGAUCAGUUACUAUGAGAAACACCCGCUGUACCGCAAGAUGAAGCUGCGUUACCCCAUCAACGAGGAGACACUGGAGAAGAUCGGCACUGCUGAACCGGACUACGGUUCUCUGUAUGAGGGACGGAACCCGGGGUUCUAUGUGGAAGCCAAUCAAAUGCCUACAUUUAAGUGCACUGUGAGAGCGAUGUUCGAGUAUAAGGCUCAGCGUGAUGACGAGCUCUCCUUCAGUAAAAACGCCAUCAUUCAGAACGUAGACAAACAGGAAGGAGGCUGGUGGAAAGGUGACUUUGGGGGAAAGAAGCAGCUGUGGUUUCCUGCUAAUUAUGUCGAAGAGAUCAGUCAUACAGCACUGGAACCGGACAGAGGCGCGGCGGAGAACAGCCCACUGGGAGACCUCCUGAGAGGAAGUGUGGACGUGUCUUCCUGUCAGAUCGUGGUAAGGCCUGAUGGGAAAGGCAGUCGGCCCCACGUGUUCUCUUUAGUCCCCAUGGGUUCUCCACGCUCUGGCACCGUCCUGGACGUCGCUGCCAGCUCUCAGGAGGAGCUGAAGGACUGGGUGCAGAAAAUCCGUGAGGUCACCAUGACGUCAGAGGCCAAGCUGGAAGAAGGGAAGAUGAUGGAGAGGAGGAAGAAGAUCGCACUGGAGCUCUCGGACCUGGUGGUGUACUGCCGUCCCGUCCCGUUCGACGAAGACAAAAUCGGGACGGAGAGAGCGUGUUUCAGGGACAUGUCCUCGUUCCCGGAGACCAAAGCUGAGAAAUAUGUCAACCGGGUGAAAGGGAAGAAGUUCCUGCAGUACAAUCGUCUUCAGCUGUCGCGUAUUUACCCGCGCGGCCAGCGCCUGGACUCCUCCAACUACGACCCCUUACCCAUGUGGCUUUGCGGCAGCCAGCUGGUGGCGCUCAACUUUCAGACAGCAGAUAAGCCCAUGCAGAUGAACCAGGCCCUGUUUAUGCUGAACGGGAAGAGCGGUUACGUCCUGCAGCCGUCCAUCAUGAGAGACGAUAACUUCGACCCUUUCGACAGACACACGCUGAGGGGAGUGGAGCUCGUCACUCUGGUCAUAGAGGUGUUGGGUGCACGACACUUACCUAAGCACGGGCGGGGCAUCGUGUGUCCUCUGAUCGAGAUCGAGGUUUGUGGAGCUGAAUACGACUGCAUCAAGCAGAAGACUGACUCUGAGGCGGAUAACGGUCUGAACCCCACGUGGCCCCGGAAGCCGUUCCGCUUCACGGUGUGUAACCCCACGUUCUCCUUCCUGCGCUUCGUGGUGUACGAGAUCGACAUGUUCAACGACCAGAACUUUCUGGCUCAGGCCACCUUCCCCAUCAGCUGCCUCAAAGCAGGCUACAGGGCCGUGCCGCUGAAGAACAGCUAUAACGAGGAUCUGGAGUUAGCAUCGCUGCUCGUGCAUGUGGAUGUCAGCAGAGGCAGACUCGAGAACGGAGAGACGUUGAGUCCGUUCCUCGGAGCGAUGGGUGUGAUGACGACAGGGAGGGAUCGUUUAGGGGACAGUGUGUCCUCCCUGUCCUCCAUGUCUCCUCUCCCCUCGUCCCCGGCUCAGGCUCUGGGGUACCGGGGACGCGAGGGAUCGUUCGAGUCUCGAUACCAGUCACCGCUGGACGACUUCCGAGUGUCGCAGGAAGCGCUACUGGACCACAUGGACCCACAGAACCGGUCCAGGUUGAUGCGAAGAGCCCGAGUAGGCGGAGACAAUCGUGUGUAGCCUCUCCACCCCCAACAACCACACCCCCCCUCCAAACACACACACACACGCGCACACACACAUACAUACACACACACACGGCCACCCAGGGUCUGGCUCAAGUGCUGAUGAUGUCAUGGACUGCUGUGAAACCUGUUUCUAUGGAAACGUUGUCGCCAGCGCUUUUGGCCUACAUUUCAGGCAGAACUCCCACCUCUCUCUCUCUCUCUCUCUCUCUCUCUCUAUAUAUAUCUCUCUCUGGAGACUGUGUGAGAUGAAGACGGUGGGAGGGACGCACGGGGGUCAUGCGGCGUAACGAGACACCGUCUGAGUGGCGUGCGCAUGCGCGGGAUGUUCAGUAGCACGAAGGACUGAAGAAACGUCGACACCUGGGACGGGAUUGUGUUUAAAACUACUUUUAUUUUUUUCCCAUCCCUUCAAUCUCUCUCUCUCUCUCUCUCUCUCUCUCUCUCUCUCUCUCUCUCUGGCAUAUAGAAAUAUAUAGGUCUAUAUAUAAAUAUAUUAUAUUUAUUCCGGCUCUGCUGUGUACCGGAGAACAGCUGCAGCUGAUCUGCUCUCAAAGAGCUUCUCUCCCCGUGUUUGUAUUAUUUAAAACGCAAAUUUUUAACUACCAUAAUGUGAUUCUUUUUUUUCUUUUCUUUUCUUUUCUUCCCUUUUUUAAUUAACGUGCGUGUUUAACACAAGGGCUUGGCUCCCCCCCCCCCCGUUUUUUCGUGCUCUCUUUCGUCCUCUCACAGACUGAAGCGUCCACGUUUCCCCCAGCACGUCAUCACCAUGUUUUUCUUUCUUUCUUUCCGAACCCCCCGCCCCCCACCCCCGAGUCGAGCGGAAAUCCAGGCAGCCGUAAAGCACGGAGCUCAGGAAGAAGCCCCGGCCUGUUUUUCUUGGAUUCUGGCAGGCUUCAGAAAAACGGGACCGGGCAGAGGCUUUUUAAUUAAUAUAUAUUUUUAUUGUUUUUUUUUCUUUUUCUUCUUCUUCUUGAUUUUAUCGACCUAUCAUCCUUCUUUUUGUUACGUUAUCAGUGUUGGAUCAUUUUUGCUCUUUUUAAAAACAAGAAAGAGGGACCAGAACGCUAAAAAGGAAACGGUGCCAUGUUGUACGUUAACCUCGUUGCUCGCCAAUCUGCUCGCGUUUCGUGUUUAGACGUGUUUUGUUUUUUUGGACGAAGAAAAAGUUCCAUCAUUUCAGCUCUGUUUAUUAUUAUUAUUAUUAUUAUUAUUAUUAUUAUUUUAAAUAAUCAUUGUGUAUUUUUUAAAAAAAUGUGUUUUAUUUCCAUUCGACUCGUUUGUUGCGUUCACGAGAGUCCGUUUCUACUUCUGAUGCGACAGCUCGCGUCUAAAAGCGAUCCCCGUCUGAUCCGAUUCGCCGUUACGUUUCAUACCGUAAACGCUCUUCAGACUGGUGAACUUUCCAAAAUGCUGCGUUUCUAGAUCUAUGCUGUUGAGCUUUCUGGCCCAGAAAUAAGCCCCGCCCCUUCCCACCCUCUUCCCCAAACCAACUAGUCGUCUGUUGAAUUGAAGGAACGUUAAAUUCGGAUCAUUUCAGGUGUGAUUCGACUCGCAGGUGCUAGAGGGCUGUGAAUAAUUACGAACUGCUCCUUUAAACCACGACCACGUAACUAAUCGAUGACAUAACCGGCGCUAAAAUAUAAACAUGGACUCUUUAAGAAUUAGUAUGGACACGUGUUUUUUCCCUGGUUUCUGGACAGCUGUAGUUCAGCGGUUAAGGUUCUGGCCCGGACUGUGAACGAUCGCGUAGUGCAAAAUACGCUGAUUGCCGCUUUAAGCAUUUUUUUUAGUGAGCCAUGUGUUUUUAAAGCAAGGACCGAAUCCUAAAGCAAGGACCGAAUUAAUAACGUUAUUAACGCAACAACAGUGCUAGGAACGAUGGGAUACGUUUCGAUUGAACGCGGCACUACUGACCAUUCCUUCUUAAUUAGAAAGAAGCAGGAAGGGGGCGGAGCUGUGAUCAUAUACGUUUGUUUUGGAGCGGUCAGAAAACAGGAAGUGCGUAAUAUUAAUAAUAAUAAUAAUGUAAAAUUUCACAUUUGUUCCAGCCAUGUUUUAUGUUUGGAGUUCUGGAUUCCAUCUCUCCAAGCGCUCACACAAUCCCCAAUUCCAGACGAAACGUGCGCUUCCUGCCCGAGCGCCCGAGUCGCCAUCUUGUUUUUGAUAAAACUCUGCGCUGUGUAAAUCUCUUCCUGCUUCCCUCUCCCUCGCUAGCUCUCUCUCGCUUUUCCCUUGCGUGUGCGUUGUGUGAGAGAGUGUGUACAUAUAUAUACAUAUUUAUACAUUAACGACAGACGGACAUGUACGCUUCAUUUCAGACAUUUUGUUACGAUGCUCUUAUUUACAAAACGAAGCCUUCUUUUCUGUAAUGUGCCUAUGCUAUAUUGAGAAAGGGAACGGAGGGGUAUUGCAUUUUAAUUUUGCCUUUCAUAUGGAACAUAUUCAAGCCUGAUUAAAUAAUUAAAUAAAGUAUUCAACAAUGA